AUGCCGCGCUCUUUUCUCGUUAGGAAAUCUGCUUGCUCCCGCCGGAGACCCAACUACAGCGAGCUGCACGACUCGUCCCUAGAGUUCACCUUUCAGCAGCCCUAUGACCAGGCCCACCUGCUGGCAGCAAUUCCACCGCCCGAGGUCCUCAACCCCACGGCCUCGCUGCCCAUGCUCAUCUGGGACUCUCUUCUGGUACCCCAAGUCCAGCCUAGCGGCUGGGCCUCCCUGCGGCCCCAGGAAGGCCCGAAGGCCACCGAGCUGACCUCCCUGUCUGACGAAGACAGUGGGAAAGGCUCCCAGCCCCCCAGCCCCCCGUCACCGGCUCCUUCGUCCUUCUCCUCCGCCUCAGCCUCUUCCCUGGAGGCCGAGGCCUACGCUGCCUUCCCGGGCUUGGGCCAAGUGCCCAAGCAGCUGGCCGUGCUCGCCGCGGCCAAGGACCCUCAGUCUCGGAAGGCCUUCAACUGCAAGUACUGCGACAAGGAGUACGUCAGCCUGGGCGCCCUCAAGAUGCACAUCCGCAGCCACACGCUGCCCUGCGUGUGCGAUACUUGCGGGAAGGCCUUCUCCAGGCCCUGGCUGCUGCAGGGCCACGUCCGGACCCACACGGGUGAGAAGCCUUUUUCCUGCUCCCACUGCAACCGUGCCUUCGCCGACCGCUCCAACCUGCGUGCACACCUGCAGACCCACUCGGCCGUCAAGAAGUACCAGUGCAAGACGUGCUCGCGAACCUUUUCCCGCAUGUCCCUGCUCCACAAGCACGAGGAGUCGGGCUGCUCAGGGGGUCCCCGCGGACCCUAG